AUGAUCUUCACAGACAGGAGAAGAGAGAAGAAGUGCUUGAGAACAAAACAAGAUGGCAAUGACAGCAGCUGCGACUGCAAUUCCGGCGAUCACGGGACUGACACAGAUCCGAAGGAAGAAGACGGAGGAGGAGGGGAUUUGGUAGUUUGUGUAGGAGUAGAAGUCGUGGACGGAGUAGUCAGUGUAGGAGUAGUAGAGGACGGAGGGGGAGGCGGAGAUGGGGUAGAAGGAGGGCUACCAGGCGGGGGAGUUAGGGACGGAGACGACGGAGGAGGCGAGGACGGCAUUGCCAGAGACGAUGGAGGAGGGGAAGAGGAAGGCGGCGGGGACGUGGAGUUGGGAGGAGGAGGAGAGGAAGCAGGGGCUGAGGGAGGAGAAGAGGAAGCGGGGGCUGGAGGAGGUGGAGGCGGGCUCGAUGCAGGAGAAAGCACAAGUGGAGGGGUGGCCAUCCCUAACGAUGAUGCUCAUCUGUGCUAUGCUCGCCGGUGA